AUGUCGCUGAUCUCUGAACCUCGAGACAAAAACGAGAUAGACCCAACUCGUCCCAAUUCGAUUCCCGAGGGUACCGCAAUGAUGGAGCGCCACAAAAAGGCCGUCACAUCCAUCGCCUCGGCCGUCCGCGGCUUCUUCGAGCGCCGCGAGCCCUACCGCAUCUUCCACGGCAGCACAAAUAGCACCCGGCCCCAGACAACAGGCAAGCCCGUCGUCGACAUCAGCGCCCUCCGCAAUGUUCUUCAGGUCGAUAAGACUACACGUACGGCUCUCGUGGAGCCCAAUGUCCCCAUGGACAAGCUUGUCGAGUCGACGCUCAAGCACGGCCUCGUUCCGCCUGUAGUUAUGGAGUUUCCCGGUAUCACGGCUGGAGGAGGCUUUGCAGGCACGGCGGGAGAGAGUUCCUCGUUCAAGCACGGAUUCUUCAACGAUACUGUCAAUUGGGCUGAAAUGAUCCUCGGAAACGGCGAGGUUGUGCGUGCGUCGCGGGAGGAGAACGCUGAUCUGUUUCGCGGUGCUGCUGGAGCUGUUGGGUCUUUGGGCAUGACGACGCUUCUUGAGCUUCAGCUGCAAGAGGCCAAAAAGUUUGUCAAGACGACGUACCACCGAACCAGCAGUGUCGCUGAAGCUGUUGCUCGUAUCCGCGCUGAAACCGAAAACCCUUCCAACGACUACGUUGACGGCAUCCUCUUCUCCAAAGAUCAUGGUGUCGUUGUUACUGGUACCCUGACUGAUGAUAAGCCCGCCGAUACCAAGCCCCAGACCUUUAGUGGUGCUUGGGAUCCCUGGUACUACCUCCAUGUUCAAGAUCGCACUCGUAAUGUUCCCUCUGCUGGUCCUACUAUCUCCGUCGAAUCCGCCUCGUCCUCUCCUGUCGAUUACAUCCCUCUUGCCGAGUACUUCUUCCGUUACGAUAGAGGUGGAUUCUGGGUUGGAGCAGCUGCAUUCACCUACUUCAAGGGCGUUCCGUUCAACCGUUUCUUCCGAUGGUUCCUCGACGACUUUCUGCACACCCGUAUGUUAUACCGCGCUCUUCACGGCAGUGGUGAAUCAGCCCGCUUUAUCGUCCAGGAUCUAGGUCUUCCCUACAAAACUGCCGAGACAUUCAUUGACUACACUGCUGAGAACUUCAACAUCUGGCCCCUCUGGCUCUGUCCCUUAAAGCAGACAGCCCCACCGACCUUCCACCCUCACACCGGCGAGACGACCACUGCUGCUGACGGCACUGUGACAACCCCACCAUCCUUGAACAUCGGUCUCUGGGGCUGGGGUCCCUCGGAUCCUGAGGAGUUUGUUACCAAGAACCGUGCUCUCGAGGAUAAGCUCGUUGAGCUUGGUGGUCUGAAGUGGCUCUACGCACAUACAUACUACAACAAAGAAGAGUUCUGGAAGUUGUACGGCCGAGAAUGGUAUGAUGAUCUACGAAAGAAGUACCACGCUGAGACGCUACCUACUGUUCACGACAAGGUCAAGGUCGAUGUUGAAGCUCGAAAGGAAGAACGACAAAAGUGGAAACGCUCUUUGAAGAGCAAGCCUCCUCUGGGUGGUCUUUACGGUAUCUGGAAGGGCAUCCAGAGCAAGGAUUAUAUGCUCCACCGACAUGCGGAGUGGAAGUACAAGGAGGAGAAGUAG